GGGGUACCCAACAGCCUGACUUCUCAAAUCACACAACAUCAGGUUGCAACUGCUCUGAGUGCAACUUUUGUGAUCUCCCAGCCCAUCGUUUUCCUGAGCACAAACAAACUACCAAGAAUGAUUUGCUGACCACAUAUCUUCUCAUAUCCCCUUGUCAUAUCCUCUUUUUACCGAAGCGCCAGGGUCCUGACCAGCUGGUAACUGCUUUUUGCACAACCGCCGCGUGGGGUAUUUGUGCGCUGAGCAAUUACACCAUUCACAAGUCCUCUUUAGGCAGCACAAGGUAUUACAGCCUGAAUAGUCUCAACAUCCACCAUGGACGGCAGCAACUUCAACCAAAUCCGACCUGUUUUCAGCCUUGGUCAGCAUGAUUCUGAGAGGGAUCAGCCUCUUGAUGAUCUUCAGUAUGGCCAGAUUCUGAACGCUGGUGUCAACUUUGUGACGGCACCCAUCACCAACAAGCACUUCCAUGCACGGGUAAAGGAGCUUGUCUCCCAGCAUCUCGCCAAGGCAAAGAAGGGACUCGCUUCACUGGCGGACGCCGUGGUGCCUCCUUUGACCCCCAAGGACACCUCCCUCUUCCCCAGUCAUGCCGUCACCACUUACAUCGCCUACGCCAGUCCCUGGAUCGACUUGGCCUCGGUCGAUCCUGCCGUUGCCAGCAUUUCUCGACAGGUCCUGAACCUCGAGAUUGCCUACGCCAACUUUUGUGGUGUCCGAAGCAUCAUCAUUCCCGGCCCCAGGAGAGACGCCUCCAAGAAUGGCGGAAACCAGGGUCUGUCUCAAUACGCCAGAGCUGUGCAGGAGGCAAUGACCAUUGCGUCGCGCCUCAACUUCAUUAUCCACAUACCCAUGUACCGGGAGCCGGGCCUGGAGGAGAGCGUAGAGCUCCUGUCGACUUUGUCAGAGGAGCCUCACCCCGAGAACAGCAAGGAGAUCGACAUCUACAGCGCAUGGGACUCUUGGCAUACUGUCCGCUCAGUCUGCGAAUACAGCAUGCGUCUGUAUGUUGCCAUUCGCGUCCCCAGAGCUCUGCCUGAAAAGUCUCUCCAGGAGAAGUGGUUCGCCGAGCCCCUGCACUUCCUCUCCCUCAGCGGAAACGCAUUCUCCAAGAACAAGACCGGACACCCUGCCCUGCCCAAGGCCCAUCAGGACAUGAUUUUCCACUACAUGCGCCUCAAGAACGCGCCCUGGCUGCUCCUGAGCGACGUCGGUCCGGACACCGCCUCGCUGACGGCCGAGGCACAGCUCCAGGCCGUCAGUCUCGGAAACCAAGUCCCUACCUCCGCAGACUUCCCUCCCCUGGGCGAAACUCCCACUCUCGCCACGGAUUCUCUCAAGUCGUUCCGCACCUAUGUGGUGUACCUCAAGUGGCUCGAGAUGCAGCAGCGCCCGCUGUCCUACCUGGAGCAGACUACGCUCACCAGCUUCCAGGACUGGCUCCAGUCGCCCCUGCAACCUCUGUCCGACAACCUCGAGUCGGCCACGUACGAGGUGUUUGAGGGUGACCCGGUCAAGUACAACCAGUACGAGGCUGCCUGCACGGAGGCCUUGGCCGAGUGGCAUCAGCUGGGUAGAGCCACCUCAUCCAAGGACGGCGCCGUCGUCAUUGCCGUCGUCGGCUCCGGCCGCGGUCCUCUCGUUACGAGAGCACUCAAGGCCAGCGAGGCGACUGGUGUCCCCGUCCAAGUCUGGGCCGUAGAGAAGAACCCCAACGCAUACGUCUACCUCCUCAGACAGAACGAGAUGAUCUGGGGCGGCAAGGUCACCGUCGUCAAGACAGACAUGCGCGCCUGGAAGGGUCCCCUCGUCUCGGGCACCCCCGAAAACAACCCGGUCUACGGCAAGGUGGACAUCCUGGUAUCCGAGCUGCUCGGCUCCUUCGCAGACAACGAGCUCUCGCCAGAGUGCCUCGACGGCGUCCAGCACGUCCUGGCGCCCGGCGGCAUCUCGAUCCCCGAGUCCUACACGGCGCACAUGAGCCCCAUCGCGACGCCGCGCAUCCACGCCGACCUCCUCACCAGGGUCCCCACGGAGCCCAACGCCUUCGACACCCCCUGGGUGGUGCGCCUCUUCGCCCUCGACUUCGCCGCCAUGCGCGUGCCCGGUCACCCGCGCUUCCAGCAGGCGUGGGAGUUCUCCCACCCGGUCUCCGAGGCCACGCUCAAGCAGAUCGAGACGAGACGUGCCGGCGGCGUCAUGGGCGGCGGAGGCGGUAGCAUGGCGGGUGCCGUCGGCGCCAACGACCACAACUCGCGCUUCUGCCAUCUCACGUUCGUAUGCCCCACGAGGGGUGUCAUCCACGGUUUGGCCGGGUACUUUGAGUCCGUCCUCUAUGCGCCUCAGACCGGCGACAGAGAAAAGGUGGAAAUCAGCACGCAUCCCGAGCUGAUUGACCGCAAGAGCAAGGACAUGAUCUCGUGGUUCCCCAUCUUCUUCCCCAUCAAGCAACCGAUCUACUACCCUGCCGACACUGAAUUGGAGGUCACGAUGUGGCGCCAGACGGAUGAUUCGCGGGUGUGGUACGAGUGGCUCAUCGAGGCGUACACGUGGGUGAGCGAGACACAGCGCAUCAAGGUAGCGUCGUCGGAUCUCUGCAGUAGUCGCAAGGUUGCUUGCCUCAUGUAAGUAUUUGCGGGAAAAAAAAAGUGAUGGUACCAAAAGGGGGCACUGGAGGCGCCGACAAUGGUGUGCGCCCCUUUUCUUCUUCUUCUAUAGUUGCUGCGAAUGGGGUAGAUAGAUGGUUCUUUCUUGCGCAGCGCCACCUGGCGGUAUUCAACCUGACUUGGGAACACUGCAAACUCCGUUCCAUCGCCGGCCUUUUUGUGGAUU